AUGAACAUUGAUUAGCAAAAGCUAAAUAUUUUUUAUGAUGACAUGUGUGGAAUUUGUGAUAAGUUUAUAAAAUUCAUAAUCUAUUUGAUAAAUCCUAAUAUUUUAGUAUUUUAUUCCUUACAGAAUGCAAUUUAAGAUGAAAAAUUAAGAAAAGAAUAUGAAUUAAAUCUAUCAUCAUUAGUAGUGAUAACAUAAAAUAAAAAACUAAUAAAAUCAAAAGCAAUUUUUUAUUUACUUAAGUAAACUAAAUUUGAAUAUCUUAUUAAAUUCAUUGAAUUUAUUGUACCAUUGUGUUUGUCAGAUUAGAUCUACGAUUUUAUAGCAAAACACAGAAAUAAAAUUUGUAAGAUCAAAAAAAGAUGA